AUGGAUCUCAAUAGUGCCAGCACUGUUGUUCUUCAGGUCUUAACACAGGCCACCAGUCAGGAUACUGCUGUAUUAAAACCAGCAGAGGAGCAAUUGAAACAGUGGGAGACACAGCCAGGUUUCUAUUCAGUGUUAUUGAAUAUUUUUACAAACCACACUCUGGAUAUAAAUGUAAGGUGGCUUGCUGUGCUAUAUUUUAAGAAUGGAAUUGAUCGUUAUUGGAGACGUGUAGCACCUCAUGCUCUCUCAGAGGAGGAGAAAUCUACGUUGCGUGCAGGGCUAAUCACCAACUUCAACGAACCAGUAAACCAGAUUGCAACUCAGAUUGCAGUGCUGAUUGCAAAAGUUGCUAGAUUGGACUGUCCUAGACAGUGGCCUGAACUCAUUCCCACUCUUAUAGAAUCUGUGAAAGUCCAAGAUGAUCUUCGACAGCACAGAGCAUUACUUACCUUCUAUCAUGUUACUAAGACUCUGGCUUCCAAACGUCUGGCUGCUGAUAGGAAAUUGUUUUAUGAUUUAGCUUCUGGAAUUUAUAAUUUUGCCUGCUCUCUGUGGAAUCACCAUACAGACACAUUCCUUCAACAAGUUUCUUCUGGGAAUGAAGCUGCAGUUCUAAGUUCAUUAGAACGAACUCUGCUGUCAUUGAAAGUGCUGCGUAAAUUAACUGUUAAUGGAUUUGUGGAACCUCAUAAGAAUAUGGAGGUGAUGGGUUUUUUACAUGGAAUAUUUGACCGUCUGAAACAAUUUCUGGAAUGCAGUAGAAGUAUAGGUACAGAUAAUGUAUGUAGAGACAGACUGGAAAAGACCAUCAUUCUUUUUACUAAAGUGCUUUUGGACUUCUUGGAUCAGCAUCCGUUUUCAUUUACUCCUCUAAUUCAGAGAUCACUGGAAUUUUCUGUAAGCUAUGUAUUUACAGAAGUUGGUGAAGGCGUUACAUUUGAGCGAUUCAUUGUUCAAUGCAUGAACCUUAUUAAGAUGAUUGUAAAAAAUUACGCUUAUAAGCCAUCCAAAAAUUUUGAAGACAGCAGUCCUGAAACUUUAGAAGCACAUAAGAUCAAGAUGGCAUUCUUUACAUAUCCCACUUUGACAGAGAUAUGCAGAAGAUUAGUCUCUCAUUAUUUUCUGUUAACUGAGGAAGAACUGACAAUGUGGGAAGAAGACCCAGAAGGCUUUACAGUGGAAGAAACAGGGGGAGAUUCUUGGAAAUACAGUUUGAGGCCUUGCACUGAAGUACUAUUUAUAGAUAUAUUCCAUGAAUAUAAUCAGACUCUUACUCCUGUACUUCUAGAAAUGAUGCAAACACUUCAAGGGCCCACUAAUGUGGAAGACAUGAAUGCACUAUUAAUCAAAGAUGCUGUGUAUAAUGCUGUUGGAUUAGCAGCUUAUGAGCUGUUUGACAGUGUUGAUUUUGAUCAGUGGUUUAAAAACCAACUUCUUCCAGAAUUACAAGUCAUUCACAAUAGAUAUAAGCCAUUGCGACGCAGGGUGAUUUGGCUCAUCGGUCAGUGGAUUUCUGUGAAAUUCAAGUCUGACUUAAGACCCAUGUUAUAUGAGGCAAUUUGUAACUUGCUUCAAGAUCAAGACUUAGUGGUCCGUAUCGAAACAGCAACAACACUGAAGUUAACUGUUGAUGAUUUUGAAUUUAGAACAGAUCAGUUUCUGCCGUAUUUGGAAACCAUGUUCACACUACUUUUUCAGCUGCUGCAGCAAGUUACAGAAUGUGACACAAAGAUGCAUGUUUUGCAUGUCCUUUCCUGUGUGAUUGAAAGAGUAAAUAUACAGAUACGACCGUAUGUAGGAUGUUUGGUACAGUAUUUGCCUCUUCUUUGGAAGCAGAGCGAAGAACACAAUAUGUUGAGAUGUGCUAUUCUGACAACACUUAUUCAUCUUGUUCAGGGAUUAGGAGCAGACAGCAAGAACCUGUACCCUUUCCUGCUCCCAGUUAUCCAACUGAGUACAGAUGUUUCCCAGCCUCCACAUGUUUAUCUUCUGGAAGAUGGUUUAGAAUUAUGGUUAGUGACUUUGGAAAACAGCCCAUGUAUUACACCGGAGUUGCUUCGCAUAUUUCAGAAUAUGUCCCCCCUUCUUGAACUAAGUUCAGAAAACCUCAGAACCUGCUUUAAGAUCAUCAAUGGUUAUAUCUUUUUAUCAUCAACAGAAUUUCUACAGACAUAUGCAGUAGGUCUAUGUCAGUCCUUUUGUGAGCUGCUAAAGGAAAUUACUACAGAAGGUCAAGUUCAAGUGCUCAAGGUUGUGGAAAACGCCCUUAAAGUGAACCCAGUAUUAGGUCCACAGAUGUUUCAACCAAUUCUACCCUGUGUUUUCAGAGGUAUUAUAGAAGGAGAGAGGUAUCCUGUCGUGAUGUCAACAUAUCUUGGCGUUAUGGGUCGAGUCCUGCUACAAAAUACUAGUUUUUUUUCUUCGCUUCUUAAUGAGAUGGCACAUAAAUUUAAUCAAGAGAUGGAUCAGCUUUUGGGAAAUAUGAUUGAAAUGUGGGUUGAUCGAAUGGACAACAUUACGCAGCCUGAAAGAAGAAAACUUUCAGCUUUGGCUUUGCUUUCUCUUCUGCCAUCUGAUAAUAGUGUCAUCCAAGAUAAAUUCUGUGGGAUUAUAAACAUCUCAGUGGAAGGCUUACAUGAUGUCAUGACAGAAGAUCCUGAAACAGGAACUUACAAAGACUGUAUGUUAAUGUCUCAUCUUGAAGAACCAAAAGUAACAGAAGAUGAAGAACCACCCACAGAACAGGAUAAGAGAAAAAAAAUGCUGGCUCUGAAGGACCCGGUGCACACAGUGUCGCUGCAGCAGUUUAUCUACGAGAAGCUGAAGGCGCAGCAGGAGCUCCUGGGAGAGCAAGGCUUCCAGUCCCUCAUGGAGACCGUGGACACGGAGAUCGUCACCCAGCUGCAGGAGUUUUUGCAGGGCUUCUGA